GGGUCGCCUAAUGUCAACUUUCUAAAAAAAGUUUAGGGAGCUAGAUACAUAUUUGGUGUGGAUAAACUGUGUAGCUACGUUGUCAAAGAUAAUGUCAACAUUGCUGCGGAUUUAGUUAGCCAAAUGAGGUCAAAUUGGUCAUCAGAUUUAGCUUGCAUGCUAACUGAUAAGCUAAUGACUAAAGCUACUAGUUAGCUGGCCAAAGAGCGCUAACCUGCAAGUUACUCCUCAGCAGCUGAAAGAGCUACCAUGGCCUCUUCGGGGUUUCGUGGUGACGUUUCCCAGGUGCGUGGCGGCCGUGAUCCCGUCUUCUCUGAGGCCAUCAACCAGAAGAUGCGUGUCCCGGACCGGCUGAGAGUGGGGCCAGGCAUGGGACAGGGAGGGGAAGAGGCGAGGCAGGGGCGUGCUGAGCGUCCCGCUUCCUAUAGCAUGCACAUCCCAGACAGGCUGUCUCUCACAGAUGCCCCGGACAUGAGCCCCCGUCCACUGUUCACGCCAUCCAAGCACAACUCAGCCCUCCCCCUGGGGCUUGCAUGGGAGGCACAGCAGCAAGGUGCCUGGGACAGAGACCCCUACAUGAGGGAACCAGUGCAGAGUCCCCUGCGGAGGUCCUACAGUGACCAGGCUUUUGGCAGGAGUGACCCUGACACCCCCACUUCCAAACAGGCACUGCACACCCCCACCUUUAGUGGCGGUGCAGGACGCCCCCCUAAGCGCUCCGCUGCUGCUGCAAACCCCCUGCCCAUGGUCCUGGGGCUCCCUGUCAUCCCACCCAGCCACCUGUCCCCAACGACCAUGCUACAGGCCGCCAAGGAACUGGGCCAACAGGCCUCACAGCGCCUCCUGCAGACUGUUACACAGAAAUACAGGUUCAGUUAUCCUGAACACCCAACGACUGCUGUGGUCGAGGCACCCCCUGUGUACGUUGAACCAGCCAGGAAAAGUGCCAUGCAGGACUCCUGGAUGAGCCCAGAUGAUGAGGGAAGUGCCGCAGCUGUGGAGUUCAUCGUACUUAGGAGACAGGUGGUGAAGAUGAGUCGUCGUCUGGCGGGUCUGGAAAGGCAGAAUGCUGAAUGCAGACAGACGGAGCUGGUGCUCUUCUCCCUGCUCCUUUCUGCCUGCCUGCUCAACGGAUGGCUCUGGAUACGCAGAUAACAGACACGCGUCAUUCAAACAGCCCACUCAUCUGCACUACAACCCUCCAACCAGCUACUUUGCUCAACUCUGUAUUACACAUCCACUCAGCUGGGUAUUGCAGUGCACUUAUUUACACAUGUUGGUAUUAGGUGCUCAGCAUCUAUCUGUUUGGACCACUUAAGUAGGGACAGUUCAUCCAUUUUUACAUGUGGCCUUAUUUUCACUCUUUCUGUUCUUGUAGUUGAUUCCCAAACUUAAUUGUUUUAUUUGUUUCCUUACAGAGAAAAUUGGUUGUCAUCACUUGCCAUUGACUAUAAUGCAAUAUCCAAAUGUCGAAAGCAUAUUGGAAAACACUCCACAGUACAUAAGAAUCCCAUUCUGAAUGUCUCUUUACUCAGUUUUUAAAAAGUCCACUGUGCCAUAAAUCCAUGUUUGAAUGGUUCUGUUUACAACAAAAAUAUGGAUUUAUUGGGACAUUGAAAUAAAUAAAUAGAGAGCAGAAACAAUUUAGAAUGGAAUUUUGACGUGAUAUGAAAUUGACAUUUUCUCUAAUAUAUUUAAUAAACUAUUUGGGGAUCAACUACGAGCACAGAAAGUGAAAAUAAGUCAUUUAAAUGUAAAAAUCAGGGAACUUCCCCUUUAAGUAGGGCCUUAGGACUGAGGUUCGAAUGAGGGUGUUGAGAGUUAGUGUGCAAAGGUUAAAUAAAUUACAAUGCAUUGUCAAGGUGGAGGCUGGCCAAUUUCAACAUAAUCAGGGAUUGAUUCAUGCAUCAAGGAUUGGCCGUCUGACCUGGACAGCUAGUUUACCACGGCUGGAGGAGGUGAUGGUGUUACUGCUGAAGCUCUGCUACAUUCUGGUGGCUAGGUUGGAUAUUCAGAUUCACGUCAUAGGUCUGUCAAAACACAACUUGUAACAUUUGAAUGUAGUUGGUAGUCUCUUCCCAUAGCCCCUGUAUCUGGGGGUGGAUCGCCACAAGUCAGUUGGUAACUGGUCUGAAGUAUCUAGUAAACCAUUAUGGCAUGAUUUACUUGGAACUCUUCAGACCUAAAGAAGCCUAAAUUGUAAUCAGUUGCAGACAGUACAUAGGUAAUAAGGUUCUAAGACCUACACUAUAUAUACAAAAGUAUGUGGACACCCCUUCAAACUCUUUCAGCCACACCCGUUGCUGACAGGUGUAUAGAAUUGAACACACAGCCAUGUAAUCCCCAUAGACAAACAUACCGAGGACAGA